GCGCUCGCGCGCCGCCUGGCCGCCCGGGAGAGCGGGGUUCCGCGGUGUCGGGCUCGGGGGCAGGCUUGAGUGCGCGGCCGGGCCGGGGAUCUGCGUCCGCCUGCGCCCAUCUCUAGGUCCCCAUGUCAGGCACGGAGCUGGCCCCUGGAAAGUUCUGGACGCAGCGCAGGGCUGACUUCUUUGGCUUCGUGAGACCCCAGCCGGGACGCCAGUCCCCUCCAGAAUGAAGGUCUUCCUGCCGGUGCUGCUGGCUGCCCUCCUGGGUGUGGAGCGAGCCCACUCCCUGGUGUGCUUCUCUUGCGUGAAUAAGAACAGCAACUGGUACUGCCUGAAGCCCACCGUCUGCUCCGAUACAGACAACUACUGUGUGACCAUCUCUGCAUCCGCGGGCAUCGGGAACGUGGUGGACUUUGGCUACACCCUGAACAAGGGCUGCUCCCCGAUCUGCCCCAUCCCGAGCGUCAAUCUCGGCGUGGCGUCCGUGGGCACCCACUGCUGCCAGAGCUUCCUGUGCAACAUCAGUGCGGCCGACGGUGGGCUGCGGGCCAGCGCCACUGUGCUGGGCCUCGGGCUCCUGCUCAGCCUGCUGUCGGCUCUGCUACGAUUUGGGCCCUGACCCCCGGGACCCUGUGCCCGGCUCAGACUCCCAAAGCUCAGGAAGGAAGGAAAGCCCAGCUCCUCCCAGACCCAAGAGGAUCUCGAAGCCCCCUCCCCUAGACCCCUCACCCUGCUGAGUCCACCCUCUAGGCCCUGGGUCCCCACAGGCAGGCCUGCCCCCUGCACCCACACACCUGCCGGCUGCCCUUACUUCCCGGUCAGCCUUCCAGGGAGAACCUGGGAAUGGAGCCUGAGGGCCCCAGAGUCAGAACCACGUCCCAGGGACAUGCUGGCAGGGGCACCUGGUCCCAGGCCUGCGCCUGUCCAGGCGCUGUCCGCCCGCAGGUGCGGAAGAUGUGCUGUGUGGGCAGGCGUGUGGUCUGUGUGCCCUGCCGGGCACGGGUGAGUGUGUGGCCAGGUCUCGGCCUGAGUGGGGGGAGGAUGGGAGUAAAAGCGUCAGGAGCCCGGCAUCCGCAGCCCCUAGAACCCCAAGCGCCAGCACAGAACCCCUUUCCCCUGGCGUCUCUGCACGCCUCAUUUCACUCACUUCGAGGGCAGCCUUUAGGAAGACAGGCCUUCCACUGUCCCCAGGUCUAGGCUGCUGACCCAGGAAUCUGCUCCCAGCCCGAAAUCCAGCUGCUCUCGGGCCCCUCCCUCCACCGCCACACCGGAGCCCUCCUGCUGCUUCGUGCCUCAAAUAAACACAGAUGUUCCCACCCUU